CACACAUUUAGACACACCUACCCACUCUUUCACUCAGAUACAGACAGAACAGAUACGCUCAUUGACUCUUAUGUGCCAUUCAGUUGAUAAUCUCUGAUAACACCCUCUGCAGGAAUACUACAUCAACGCAGGACUUUUUUUUUUCUUGCCUUGCUUGGAUGAAAAUUAUUUUUGGUAUCUUAGGGGAAAUUCUUCCCCUGUUGACCGCCGAGAGGUCACCUGUAUUGGGAAUAUAAUGGUGAUUCACUUGUGCGUAGCGAUAAGUGGAAAGAAGAGUCAGAAUUGAUGAUUGUGGAGUGGAACUCAGGACGGGGAUUCGAAGAGAGCAGAGACUGGGAGGAGGAGCAGGCGAUCGAAGGAGGUAGAGGAGGAAAGGAAGAGUAUGGGCUGCUCCUCUUUGUGGAUCUUUCUCCUGUCCCUUUCUCUCUCCCAUCCAAGGGUCACAGCACAAGCUGAAGACUGCAGGACGACAUUGCAGGCAGACAUCGUGUUUCUGGUUGAUCAAUCAUGGAGUGUGGGCCAGACGAGCUUUUACAACGUCAAAGACUUCAUCUCAGCGAUCGUCUCCUCCUUCCGGGACAGUGUGAUGGGAACUGAGGGGGUUCGCUUUGGAGUCACUGUGUUUGGGGAUGUACCGAGGAUGAGAAUUGCCCUGACAGACUACAGCUCCCAGGAGGAGGUGCUCAGAACCAUCAGAGACCUUCCUUACGAGGGGGGAUCCAGAAGGAUUGGUGAUGCCCUCCAGUUUCUAGUCGAAACUGUGUUCAGCCCAGCCAUCAGUCGGGACCAUUCCCCAAAGAUUGCUGUACUGAUCACAAACGGACGCUCGGAGGACCAGGUUGAUGUUGCAGCCAGAGCUGUAGCUGACAAUGGGAUUUCUCUCUUUGCAGUAGGUGUUAGAGGAGCGGAUGUGUCUGAGCUGAGGAGGAUUGUGUCUGAGCCUCAUGAGGAGCAUCUGUUACUGGGCACUGACUACUCUCUCCUGGACACCAUGCUUCCCAAACUAUCUCGCAGAGUGUGUUUCACUGCCUCUGAACCACCUCGUCCUGUGAAAACAUCACAGCCAGUUAAAGUGCGAGUGGUGGGUCCCAGAGAUCUGCAGGUUAGUGAGCUGGCCCACAGUUCCCUCAGAUUGACAUGGACCCAGGCCACAAGUGAUGUCACCGGGUAUCGUGUCCUGGUCACCCCUCUCAACUCCAAGGGACACCUCCUCCCCCACCAGCAGAGACAGAUUGAUUUGAAGGCAGACGUGAGCACCACUGUGGUGACUGAGCUGAGUCCUAAAACCGAAUAUUCCCUCACUGUCUAUGCCAUCUACCCAAGCCUCAUCGGAGACUCUGCAACAAUCACCGCCCAGACCACCCCUUUGCCUCAGGUGUCAAACUUCCGUGUUAUAGAGGAGGGUCUCUUUGCUCUGCGACUGGGCUGGACUCCUCCUCUGGGGAAGCUCAACGGCUUCAAGAUCUUCAUUCCAAGAUCCAACAGACCAGGAUUUACCUAUGAGAAAGUGCUGCCUGGAGACACCUCCUCUCAUGUUAUUGACAGCCUUGAAGAAGAUAAGAAAUACAUCAUCAGUAUUUAUGCUGUUUACCCCCAGGGACCGAGUGAACCAGUUUCAGUAGUGGGCAAGACAUUAAAGCUUGUACCAGUUAAGCACUUCCUGGUCCAAAACGCCACCACAGACACUGUCCAGGGGAGGUGGGCUUCAGUGAAGGGUGCCACAGGAUACCGUCUGACAUGGGCAGCCCCAGAAGGCCACAUAGAGAACAUAAACCUUGAUGACAACUUUAACUUUUACAUGAUCCAGGGCCUAAACCCUGGCUCUGAGUACACCAUCACCAUCAACCCCAUCUUUGGAGACACAGAGGGGCCAGUCAUCACCACCACAGUCAAGACAUUGGAAAGCAGUGCAGUACAAACUUUGAAGGUGUCUGCUGUGAGCACAAGUGCUGCCGUCAUUUCAUGGAACAGCGUACCCGGAGCCACAGGAUACAGAUUGGCCUGGGGACCAACUCCAGAGUUUGUUGGUCGGGACCGGCCUAGGCAGUUGGCUCUUAAUGGCAGCACCAUAGAGUAUCACCUGAAGAAUGUAGCACAUGAUACUGAGUAUGUCCUGACUCUGUAUGUGCUGUUUGGACCUGUGGUGGGGCCUGGUAUCAGUGCUACAUUCAAAACGUCUCCUUUGGGCUAUGUGUCAAACUUCAAGGUGACAUCCUACACCAGUAACUCCAUUGAUGUGGAGUGGAGUCCUAUUGUUGGAGCAACUGAGUACAAACUCACUUGGAACACAGGUGACAGCAGCCCUCAGUCCAGUUACCUGGACCGCAGUGUCUUAUUCCAUCGCAUCGGAGACUUGAACCCUCAGUCCACCUACACAAUCACUAUCUGUGCAGUGUACGGCAACUCAGAGGGUCCUGAAAUAUCCUUAUCCCAGCUCACAGCUGCUGACUCAGACUCAGGACCAAUCCAAGCUGUGAGGGAGGUGAAGGUUAUGGACAUUGGAGUUAACUCCUUCUCCCUGACCUGGAGGAAAACACCAGGGGCAUCUGGGUACAAAAUCUCCUGGAUCCCCUUCCUAGGCGGUGAUGAGAAGUCUCAGGUAGUAUCAGCUGCUUCUACCACCUUCACAAUCAAGAACCUGCGGGAGAGCUCAGCUUAUAAGAUCCAAGUGUCCUCCAUGGUUGGCAAUAGGGAGGGAAGCCCAGUCCUGGUCACUGCACGCACCUUGGACCUCCCGAAAGUGAGUGGCUUUGCUGCUCUUAACACAACAGACAGCAGCACUAUCCUAAACUGGACGCGUGUGGCCGGUGUAUCCGGAUACCUUCUCUCGUGGAGGCACAUAUCAGUGCUGGACAUAAAAACAGAGACCCUGGGCCCUGGCUUCAGCUCCUAUAAGAUCAGAAAUCUGCUGUAUGGAAGAACUUAUAUAUUUACCAUCAGGCCCUUGUAUGGAGAAAUGGAGGGCCCUAUCAGCACUGUGUAUCAGAGAAUAUUGGGACAGGAUCCUCUUGUGGCAACAGUCCGGUCUGUGCCAAUCACAGUCACCCCUCGCAUCACAACCGCCUCCAUCAACAACACCACCAUCCACCAGACAGCCGUUAGAACCACCCGGCACCCCAUUGCAGUGCCACCAACCAAAUCCAUAACCACCAAGAAGCCUCCAGGUCAGCCAAGUGUCACUGAAGCCAAACAGGCAGGAGUCCCCUCCAUUCGAUUAAGCACUGUCAGUGCGCAGACUAAAGCUCCACAAAAACCAGCUUGUAGUAAGACAAAAGCAGACAUCGUUUUUCUAGUGGAUGAGUCCUCUAGCAUCGGGAUUGACAACUUUAACAAGAUGAAAGACUUCAUAUUUCGAGUGGCAACUUACUUCCCUGCCAUGGGUUCUCAGGCCACACAAAUAGCUGUGGUUCAUUACAGUGAUGAGCCUCGAAUUGAGUUCCGUCUGAAUGACUUCAAAGACAGAAACUCUGUACUCAGGGCGAUCAGAGCACUGCGCUACGUAGGGGGCAACACUAGAACUGGAAAAGGCAUCAGCUACGUUCUGCAGGAGCUGUUCCAGGAGUCUCUGGGGAUGAGGCAGGAUGUGGCCCACAUACUGGUCCUCAUUACCGACGGCAGAGCUCAGGAUAAUGUGGUGCCACCAUCCAGAAUUGCACGUGCUCUGGGUGUCAGCGUCCUCGCAGUUGGAGUUUCUAACGCGGACAUUGAUGAGCUGAAUAAAAUCGCUGCACCCACCAGCUACAAAAAUAUCUUCUUCUCACCGAGCUUUGACGACUUCCCGACUAUAGAGAGAGAAUUUAUCGACAGCAUCUGUAGCGAGGAGCUCCUGUCCGAGUAUAAACUGAAUGAUGAGUCUGCUCAGUUAGACACGCCGACUGAAGACCCAGAGGAGCUGCUUAAGCCUCAGGGUCCCUGCACCUCCCAGUGUGCCAAGGGCCAGAAAGGGGAAAAGGGAGAUGGUUCUGGUCUUGGAGGUCUGAGAUUCAGACAAAGCCCUGGGCAGUAUGACCCCUUCACUUCUUCAAAAGGAGAGACCGGAGAAAGGGGACCUUCUGGAACAGAUGGAAUACCUGGGUUGCCAGGACGACCAGGAAGAACUGGACCCCCAGGUUCUGCCGGCCAACGGGGCACUCCAGGCGUUCCAGGUGAUAUGGGUCUUCCUGGACUCACUGGUCCAAAAGGACAGAGAGGAGAGAGAGGAGAGCCUGGAUAUGUCAUAGCUGGAGCAGACGCAAAUUAUGUUCCUGGACGGAAAGGAGAGCCAGGAUCUUCAGGACCACAGGGACCUCCAGGUGUACCAGGGGUCAAUGGAGCUCCAGGUCUACCUGGCCAGCCAGGGCCAUCAGGGUCACCGGGAAUAUCUGUUAAGGGAGAUCCGGGGGAACCGGGAGAGAAAGGUCUACGUGGGAAGCCGGGCGUGAAUGGAGACAAAGGAGAGUCGGGGAGAGAUGGUAUUGCAGGUUUGCCUGGUCCCAUUGGUAUUGACGGGGUUCCAGGAUUGCCAGGAGAGAUUGGACAGAAGGGGCAAGAAGGAAUUGGUAUUCAAGGUGUUCAAGGUCCUCGUGGAGAGCCAGGAGAGAAGGGAAAUUUUGGCCUAAUGGGACCAGUUGGCCCAAAGGGUGAUCAUGGAGAGCAAGGCAUCCAAGGAAUCCUUGGACCUCGGGGAAAGAAGGGAUUCAAAGGGGAGCAGGGGGACAAGGGAGAACGAGGAGAGAUGGGACCAAUCGGACCACUAGGACCCACAGGACUGACGGGGCCAUUGGGAUUAAAAGGAGAUGAGGGUCCAAGAGGUGUCCCUGGAGAUCCUGCCAAGGGCAUAAUUGGCCCAACUGGAAAAAAGGGUGCUAGGGGGGACAUUGGUCCGGUCGGCCCUACAGGACCACAAGGGAUAAAGGGUGAACAAGGAGACAAAGGAGCAAAGGGCAGCCCUGGUUUUGGGAUUCCAGGACAACGGGGAGAAAAGGGGGAAAAUGGUGAGAGGGGGAAUGUUGGUUUGUCAGGAAAGCCAGGACCAAAAGGGCUGGACGGCUUCAAAGGUGACAAAGGAAGUAUCGGAUUACCCGGCAAUCCUGGAGUACCAGGAUUAAGAGGUAAAGAUGGUGCAUUUGGAACUAAAGGAGACUUCGGAAUAAAGGGAGAGCAAGGACCCCCUGGAGAGCCUGGUGACAGAGGAAUACGGGGUCCAUUAGGGCUACCAGGGCGACCAGGAGACCCAGGAGAGAAAGGAGACUCUGGGAAAUCUGGUCCACAUGGUACUGAUGGAAAGAAAGGAGACAAAGGGGAGCAAGGAAAACCUGGACCUCCGGGAACACAAAUUUUGGGGGACAAUAACUUGCUGACCAGAGUGAUCCAGGGUGAACCAGGAGAGCCGGGUCAGCCUGGAUUGAGAGGAGAAGCGGGUCUACCUGGUCCCGCAGGUCCAGAAGGGAAACCAGGACUACCCGGAUCAUCUCUGGGUGGUUCUGGACCUGAUGGUGUACCAGGGAAACCAGGAGUUAAGGGCACCCCGGGACAAACAGGAGAGCCUGGUCUGAGAGGAGAAAAAGGAGACCAAGGCCGGGUGGGGAUUGCAGGAAUGCCUGGUUUACCGGGAACUCCAGGCAGACCUGGCAUCGACGGGAAGAGAGGACUGCCAGCAAAAGAUGGAGAAAAAGGAACAAAAGGAGAAGAUGGCAAGAAGGGGGAGAAGGGAAAUGCAGGACAAAAUGGUAAAGAUGGUAGUCAGGGGGAACAAGGACCUCCAGGUUUGCCCGGUAGGCAGGUUCUCGUCACUCCUGAGGGCGCCACCAUUGACGAAAUCCGACAAGCAUUCCCAAUCCCGAUGGGUCCUCCGGGAGCUCCUGGUUCACCGGGAAUGAAGGGUGAUAAAGGAGAAAGAGGCCUGAAAGGAGACACGGGAAAUGUUGGAGCUCCUGGCAAAUCUAUCGACAUGAAGGACAUUGAAGUGAUGUUUGAAGCGUACGGCAUCAGGCUGCCUCUGUUGAAGGCUUUGAUUGACAGGCUACUGCAGGAUGGAAUAGAGGAGCUGCUUCAUGUGCUCAUCACGUCCAAAAAAACAAAAGAAGGAACUCACACCUCCAACGUCAUCACUGAGUACACGAGUUCAGUGAAGUUGGAGCUUACUGGCCAGUCUCCAUCAGACUUGGACUCCAUUAAGGACCCUGAUUUUGGCCGACAGCUUCCAGAAGCUUUUUCAGUCGACCCUUCAAAGGAAACAGCGGAGGGUCCCACUUUAUGGACGGACACCACGCUUAACGGCGAGCAAGAACUGGACAGGAUUGGGAAGAAGUUGAGAGAACAGGAGAAAGUAGGCGGAGACGGGGACGGAGCAUUUUCUCUCAAAAUUAAUCAGACAGCAGUCAAUUCUACUUUCAAUUCGACUACGACCCAGGAGACGGUUUCAGGGUUACCAGAAAGUGUGCUGGAGACGGUUCUCCUCUCUCAGGAGGACUCUCUGAAGAAGAACUCAGGACAAAAGAAGAAGAACAGGGAACGUGGGAAGGGCAAAGGAAAUAAAGGACGGCAUAAAAGGCAGAGACAACGCCUGACAAAUGAGGAGGACAAGCAAGACAAAGAGGAGGAGGAGGAGGAGGAGGAGUUUUUAAAAGAAGAAGAAUACAGCUAUGAAUAUGAGGAUGAAAUUCAUCCAGAUGACCUGUCUGUCUCUCAGGAGAGGAGUGGCAACAGACAGGAGGAUCAUUUACCCACAAACAGUCCGGCCCAGUUAGAAACACGGGCUGAAACCUCCAGUUAUCCUCUGCCAUCCUCAACCAACAGAGCGACAGAUACUACAACUAAUGUUGCUUUUACAACCACAGAUCCACAACGCAGCGAUGAAAUAGAACAGGACGAAGUGUCACUACCUACACCUCCCAUCACAACAGAACAACCAGACAAGGUUCUUCAAUCCCAAAUCAGGGUUAGGAAAAGCGCCGACUGGCCAGAUUCCAUGGUGUUCAUGCCAGGUGCCCCGGGUGGAAGAAAUCGCUUCAAGGAGGCCUCCAAACAUCAGUCAUCUGGAGCUCAAGGUUACAAUAGCUGGAAUAGGAAAAAGCAAGAAAAUCCUGACCUCCAUGCACAUAAAAGCAGUCAGAAGCAACAACACAGCGGGAGCCAGCGGUACAGUGAUACAGAAAAAGAGACUGACAUAGAAACUCAAGAGGGAGGCCAAGAACCGACUACAGCUAAAGGACUGGAGGAGUUGGAAAAAGAACAAGAGCCGGACUACUGGGAGGAGGAGAGGAGUGGAGACUACGACUGGGAAACAGAAGAGGAUGUGGACCGAGAGAGGGAUGGCUUGGAGGAGGAGGAGAACCUGGAGAGGGAGAGAGAAAGGGAGAGGUUGGAGAUGGAGAGGGGGAGAGAGGAGCUGGAGAGAGAGAGGGAGGCCGAGCUGGAGCUGGAGAGGGAGAGGACAGAGCAGGAGGGGGAGAGAGACUUGGAGAGGGAGAGGGAGGAGUGGGAGAAGAGGAGGUUGGAGAUGGAGAGGGGCUGGGAAGGUGGUUAUGGUGAGGAGACAAGACAGCCGUACCCUUACUCUCCAGAGUAUUUUUCUCUCAAAGGACAACAGGGAGAGAACGGACAACCUGGAACAAAGGGUGAAAUUGGAGAAAGGGGACAAAAGGGAGAACCAGGCAGUGGCCACAGAGGUCCAGAAGGUCAGGCCGGUCCUCCAGGACAGAAGGGAGAACCAGGUGAGUCAGGGCCUCCAGGUGCUCAAGGAAUCCAGGGUAUCCAUGGUAACACGGGCAUCCAAGGCUCUCCAGGCCUGAGGGGCCCGCAAGGAGACCCGGGAGAGCCAGGCAGGGAGGGUGAACGCGGUAAAAGAGGGAAGAAUGGAUCACCUGGAGCUCCUGGAUCUCGAGGAGCAGCAGGAACUCUUGGUCCUACUGGUGAGCCUGGUGUAAAAGGAGAAAAGGGGGACAGUAUUCCUGGAGAGCCUGGUUCAAGGGGGUUGACAGGUUUCCCAGGAAGAAGAGGUGAAAAGGGAGCUCCAGGCAAUAAAGGAACUCUGGGAAACAUAGGUAUAAAAGGCUUACGUGGCAGCAAAGGUGAAAAGGGUAACGGGGGCUCACCUGGAGUCAGAGGAGAAAGGGGGAGUGUGCUUCAAAUUCAGGGACCUCGUGGUUUUAAGGGCUCUAAAGGAGACGGGGGUGGGCGCGGCCCACCAGGCUAUGAUGGAGAUAAAGGAGAGAAGGGCGAGGACGGUCCUCCUGGAGUCAAGGGAGUAAAAGGAGAUGCAGGUACUAAGGGUGCGUUGGGGCGGUUUGGAGCACGAGGACCAGUAGGCCAGAAGGGAGAUCCAGGAGAGCCAGGACUCAAUGGAGUUGUGGGUCGCAAUGGGGACCAUGGCGUGGAUGGAGCCAAGGGAGACAAAGGAGAUUUAGGACUGGAUGGCCAGAAGGGCAAUCAGGGGGAUCCAGGAGAACCAGGUUUAGCAGGAGACAAAGGAGAGAAGGGAGAAAAGGGUUUCAGAGGUUUACCUGGACGCAUCGGGAGUCCAGGCUUAGAUGGUGAUAGUGGAGAGAUGGGGAUACCUGGCACCCCUGGCGGACCUGGACUGAAUGGACUCACAGGGCGCAAGGGUGAUAAAGGAGCAGGAGGUGUCAACGGUGCUGAUGGUGAACCAGGAGAGAAAGGAGAAAAAGGUGCGUCAGGUUUUCCAGGUUUCCCGGGGUUCAAGGGGUCUGCAGGGAUUCUGGGGAGGGAUGGAGAUGAUGGACCUCCAGGAGUACCAGGACCCCAUGGAGAACCAGGGACUAAGGGGGAGCGGGGUAGACGGGGCAGAUCAAAGCCGUGUCAGACUGGAACACCCGGGACUCCAGGACUAAGAGGAGCGAGUGGUACAUUGGGCAUUGAAGGAGGAAAAGGGGAGAAGGGGGAACCUGGACUUUCAGCUGAAGAAGUGAAGGAGCUGGUCACCAAGGAGGUGGUAGUAAAAUGUGGGUUGGAAUACAAGUUCAUGGUCAAAUCUGUGGAUCCAGAUGGAACCGACUCAGAGACAGAAAAGAAAAGUGUUCCAGGCGACGUGGUGAUAUCCCUCAAUCGUGAGCUGCUUGAAGAAGGGAUGGAAGAAGAUGUUGAAUACAUGGAAGAAUAUGAAGACAAUGUGGAGGAAAUUACAAGUCCCGCCCCGGUGACCCUCGAGGAGGAAGAGACCAAAACAAACCGCACUGAUUCUUUAGAGGGAGCGGCUGCCCAAUGGGGACAGAGGACGAAAAGACGAGUAUUUAGAACAAACACUGCUGUUUCUGCAGCAGACCGCUGCCUGGAGCCGAUGUCCGAGGGCUCUUGCUCAGAGUACGCCCUGCUCUGGUACUUCCACCCUCGCUCAGGGAAAUGCAGGCCGUUCUUGUUCGGGGGCUGUGGGGGAAACAGAAACCGUUUCAGCUCAAGACAAGAGUGUCAGAGCUGGUGUGGGAAAGAGAGGAGUGUUAGAGGGAUCCUAUCAGAUCACAGAGGAGAUAUUCACUGAAACAGCUGAUGAAGAGAGUGAGAAAUUCUACUCUGAAUGUUGUACAGUGUGUAUGGAUUCUGUUCAUCAUUGAAUCUAGCAACCCCAAACAAAACCAUUAUGUACAUAAGUGUGUAAAAUGUUAAUGUUUAGUGUUUUAUAUCGGAUUUAUUUAUAUAUUUUUUACACCUUUUUUACUUUUGUUGAAAGUCAAGAUGUGAAUGUUAAAAAUGUGUAAUUUCUUUCAAUAUUUCUACAACACACUGAAUGUCAACAGUAAUCAAUACUCACACGGCUGAAACAUUAAAUCAGUCUUCUCUUUUUCACAUCUA